AUGGCCUACUACAAUGCUAACACUGCGUAUGAUGAUGAAGAUUAUCCUGAUGAUGAAGAUUAUCCUGUUGAUGAAGAUGAUCAUGUUGAUGAAGAUGAUCUGGAUUCACAACCCAUAGUCAUCAUUGAGCCUCAGAGACAUGAAGCAGAUGGAGAGGCUGCGAUGAAGGCUCAGUUUCGGGGAGGAAGCAGUGGCUCAUUGACAGCCUCUGCUGCAGGAAGGGACGCGAUGCCAGGCACAGCCACAGGAGAUGAGCUUGCUAGGAAGAUUUCUCCAUUAGAUUGGCUGAAUAAAGUUUUGAAGCCUUUGGAGCCUCGUACAGAUGCGUCUGCAGGGAGGACUUUUCCUGUUCCUUUGCUGGUUCCUUCACCAAAGCCAGGCUCUCAUCGCAGGGGUCCUCUGAGAGGGAAGAACAAAGCCACAGGGCACAAGGAAGCCGAUGAGCCAAAUAACAUCCUUAAACAAAUGGUGGAGGAACUGCACAAAGAGAAUGCUGAACCUGUUGGUGAAGGUGGUCUGGCUUCCCAACCCACGUUCAGGAUUGAGCCUCUGGGACAUGGCGAGGUGAUGGAGCAAAAGGCAGGACAGAAGGGAGUGUUUCCCCAAGCAAGCAGAGGCCGACUGGCAGCCCCUGCU